AUAUAUAUAUAUAUAUAUAUAUAUAUGUAUACACACACAUCUACACAUCUAUCUCCCCAUACAUAUACAUACCCAAGUAUAUAUUCCCAUACCACAGGAAAAGGAAUGGAGAGAGACGACUGAACCACCCUGAUCGUGCCACCGCCUCUUGUCCACCAACACCGGUCCGCUUUCAAGCUAAAGGUUUCACGCCUCAAGCUUUGCGGGUCCCAGCCGAGUGCCACGCUUCUUCCCAGAACCCAUCAUCCUUGACGGUUGCCCAGUUGGGGCCAACAUUACGAGAUACCACGGCAUCGCGAGAGCCAACCAGCUUGUCCAUCCUGCGACCCGCGGGUGAACAUCGACGUACACGGACAACCCCAAUCCUUACACCUUCUGCCCCUCUGUCCAGUGUCCAGCAUCCAUUGUCCAUUGCCUAUUGUCCAAGCUCCAGCCCAGCUCCAGCUCCAGCUCCAACUGCAGCUCCAACUGCAGCUCCAGCUCCGGGAGGGGCCCCCCCCCCAGACCCCCAGACACGGCAUCAUUUCCUGGCUGCCCGUCUCUCCCUAUCCACGUCCGUCCGCUGCAUCCUCGCCAUCGAUCCUCGCCCUCGUCCUCGUCCUCGCCACAUCCAUCCACCGUCCACCCGUCCACCCGUCCCUCCCGUCCUCCGCCCUCCGCCCCUCGGUUCCCACCAUCCACGUCCUGCCAGCCUGCCAGCCUGCCAGCCUGCCAUCCAGUCCCCACUGUCCGAUCCUACAGUGAAGGUAUCCCUGACCUGACUUGGACUGGCCUGAUAUUUGCUGGUCUGACAUGGACUCGCCUGACCGAUUCUGGCCUGAUUUUUGGUGAGCCUGGUGUGGCAUCGCGCUGCCUCCUCCCUGGCCCCGGGACCUGGCUGCCUCGUGCCGAAAGUGUGCACUUACACGCAGGCACACACACAUGGUGCACACACACGCGCGCACACACGCACACGUACACAUGCACACAUGCACACACACACAUACGGUCUUACUUUCUGUCCCGUCCCUUUCACUCCCCAAGCCAUCCAUGGCCAUGACGCGACCCCCGGACCGGAGUGGGCCAGUCAUGGCCUCCGCCGUCUCAGCCUCCUGCCAGCUGUCCGUCAGCUCUAGUUUGGGCUUGCAGACCGACUAUUCUGGCGUCCAGUCGGCACGUGGUUGCAUCGGAUCCCAAAGCGCUGCCCGGCUCGCAAGCCCAACGGCCCGGGCAGCCAUGCCUUCUUCGCCCGGCCUCGUGUGUGCAGAAGUGUGCUCUCCAUCGCUUGGCACCACACUUGUCACCAAUGCGCGCUCGUCUCACCCGGGUCCAAGGAACGCAUUGUCACAUGAGCUCCGUGAUUAGGUGCAGACAUGACUCUGCUUUUCCGAUAUUUCAAGGUCGCAUCCAUGGAACAUGGGGAGACCACGAUCUGCUCCUCGCUAGGGUGAUGUACAUGAUUCAUCUGCUGCCUGCUUGACAAGCUUCGAGAACUUUUCCACGGCCUUCUCCCGUGCGACUGCAACGCUUCCCUGGGCUGCGUGGAUGGGUCAUCGUUGGGCCAGCGCAACAUUGCAUCGAAAAGAUUGGGCCACCCUGCAGCACGCCUGCACCAACUCGGUUAGCCUCCUGUCAACCACGGGGAAUCCACGCCUUGGAAAUGCGGCCCCAAACUUAAUGAGGGAAAACUGAAGGAAAUCUCUACAACAAGCUUGCUGGAGAACCGGACUGCGGAUCCGCGAACCUCUGCGUGCUGGUGCCCUUACAGGCUCUGAUCGCAGAUUGCAGAAUGCACGAGGCAAACUCGGCAGUCCGACCGCUGCAUCAGGGUGAGGGGCUUUGUCCUCAGAGCGCCAUGUUCGAGGGCCGGGAAACGCCCUCGAGUGAGGCCUUCCCUCCCCUGCCGGGGCGCCACUGCCCGAGGCUUGCCUGCUACUAUUGUAUUAUGGCGGACCCAGGUGACGACCUUGCCGCUGUCAGGAGGAGAUAACUGCCCAACUGGAGGGAAGCCAAGUCAAAGCUGACCGCUUCAUGGCUUUUGUGACGACCAAGUCAGAUAUCUCCCCACACCUCCCUCUUGUCGUGAGCACUAUGGACCUGCGACUUUUCAUAGGCCUUUCCACCUCGCCGCCAGGUAGUUUGCUGAUGAUGAGUCAAAACACCUUCAAAGGGUAGCUGGGCCCGCUUAUUGAGUUGUACGCUCAGCUGCAUAAUCACUGGGUCACGAAUGCCGCGAGUAAGGUCAGCAAGUCCAGUUUUCUUACGACAUGAAUCAGUAGAUAAUCUUCAAGACCUCCCUCUGCUUCAAUAUGCCUUCGUCUGUCCAGAGCCUGGACCCUUGGUUGCUGUUCUCCAUUCUCCUUCCACUCCACCAACCCGAGGUCAAGAUGCUGCUUCACGCUGGCCCGACGAGCGGCCUCAGGGUUGCCCUGGGCGCCUUUCUGGUCUUGUUCUUCAUCUGGCUGUCCUCCACCCUCUACUACCGUAAGCGGUCCUCGUACCCGCUGCCCCCAGGGCCACCGGGAAAGUUCCUAGUCGGGAACCUUGGCAGUAUCAGUGAGCACCCGGAGCUGGACUAUAUUCGGUGGGGGAAGGAGUACAAUUCCGAUGUUAUCCAUGUCAACGUUCUGGGGCAGCACAUGAUAUGCCUCAACAGCGUUAAGGCGGCAACGGACCUCCUCGACCGCCGCGGGGCCAACUACUGCGACAGGCCUCGCUUCACCCUGUUCGAGAUCAUGGGCUGGGGCCUGACACUGACCUUCCUCCGCUGGGGCCCGCAGUUCAAGCUUCAUCGACGCCUCUUUCAGCACACCUUCACGCAGUCCGCCGUCAAGACAUUCCGGCCGAUGCAAACCCACGAAGCCCGCAAGGCCGUACGGUCCCUUCUCGGUAGCCCACAGGACUGGCGCAACACUGCCCUGCUUCUCACCACCAGCGUCAUCUUCCGCAUCGCCUACGGCCAGGAGAUCAAGGACAAGAGCUCACCCUACACCGCCAUGGCUCACGACGCCAACAAGGUCACCACCAACGGCGGGAUUGCAGGUUCCUCGGUCGUGGACCUCUUCCCCCCGGCGAGGUAUUUCUUACCCUCGAGUCUAUCCGCCCCUCUCCGGCAUGCUAGGGAAAGCCGCGGAGCGAUCAAGACGAUCCACGAGGUUCCGUGGGCAGAUAGCAUGCGCGACAUUGAGGCCGGAACGGCUUCUCCGUCAUUCAUGAAGUCACACUGGGAGCGCUACGUGGCAAACGAGAAGGCUGGCAUCCCGCAGGAGACUACCGUUGCCGACCUCAAGGGCGCCACUGCCGCGGUUUUCAUAGCUGGAGGGAACAGCACCUGGGGUACUGUGCUCAGUGCCAUGCUGUUCCUCACCAAGUACCCUGACGUCCAGCGGCGCCUCAAGCAGGAGAUCGACGAUGUGGUAGGCACCAACCGUCUGCCGACCUUCGACGACCGGCCCAAGCUCGAGUACUUCAACCGUUUUAUGAACGAAGUCAUGCGCGCCCUGCCGCUCAACCCUCUAGUCAUUCCGCACCAGAGCAUCAAAGACGACGUCUAUAAUGGAAUGUUUAUCCCCGCUGGCACCGUCGUCUUCGCUAAUACCAAGGCGAUGUGCUCCAACCCGGACACCUACCGCAAUCCAGACAAGUUCGACCCUGACCGUUACAACCGCGGCGAGCCCUAUCCAGUGGGCAACUUCGGCUUUGGAAGGAGGAAGUGCCCCGGGAACCACCUUGCCACGGCGACGGUCUUUAUAUUCAUCGCCACCAUGCUGGCCACCUUUGACCUCGACAAGGUCAUCGGCCCGGAUGGCGAGAUGAUUGAGCCUGAGGCUUCGCUGACGGUUGGGCUCGGUGGACACCCGGCGCCGUUCGAGUUACAGCUUCGGGUGAGGAGCGAGGAGCGGGCAAAGCUGCUGAGGGAAGAGGAUACCAUGGGUCACAAAGCGGAAGAGACGUGAUCCAUGUCGUUGGCUUCUUUCUUCUUUCUUUCUUGUUCUUGAACUCCUCCUUCUCUUGUCCCUCGCUCCCCGCCCCCCCCCCCCCCACGACCACUGACGAUUUACGACCUGCAUACCCAAUACGCAUGGCUUUGCAUGCAUGCAUUGAUGAUACCGACCCUUAGACUUAAGAGGAUGGGGACUCUUUUUCCUUGGAAAUUUGGGAAUGGCGUUGCAUUUCUAUUUUUUAAUAGACAUAUAGAAACAAACUUGCAGAGCUUUACAGCCACAAUGAAACCAUCGGAAUUGUUCAACAAUAAUUAUUCUGCCUCGCUAUUUGGACAUUCGGUCUAACGUCAAUCCUCAACGGCACUGGUCCUGGUCCCUUCUCUAUAUCACGGCAUAAAAUCGAGAGCAUGAUGAGCAAAAGAGGGUCUCUAGUUUGGUAGGAAGCCGGCUUUUCUCAUCCCAGUGUAGGCCGCUUCACUCAAAUGCCCGAAGACAACAGGAAAGGAGGGCAGGGAGACUGACAGGACCUGCAGAGCUUGUCGGGUUUCAUAUAGGGCACCACAGUUUGUGAGCUUGUUAAGCCUCCAAACCCCUACGUGGUGAACAGCCGGCCAUCACUUGAACGGUCACCGGUUUCGUACAGGCACUCACUGGUUCUCAAUCGUCCAUCUUGGGCCAGCCCGGACCAAAGUCUCAAAUGACAGAGGAAAGUGACAGUCAAAUACCGUGAACAAUUGAUUUCAUUG